AUGUUUACCUUCAUGUUUCUCGUCCUUCUUCCACACGUGUUGCUCUCUUCGACAAACGUGGCAGUGAUCUCCCCACAGGAUCCUGUCCUGCGUAUCGGCUCCAGCCUGACAGCCAGGUGCACUCUAAGCCACGGACUUGGCCUCCACGCCAGCACGUUGUACUGGACACUGAAUGGGAUGCGUCUGUCCGACAGCACCUACAGCGUGGUGAGCCCUGACAUCCUGAGUGUCUCCCUUCACAGCCUCAACGGCUCCCAGCAGCAGUCUGGAGACAACCUGGUGUGUCACGGAGCAGAUGGACACGUCCUCGCCGGUUCUUGUCUCUAUGUGGGCAUGCCUCCAGAAAAGCCUAUCAAUUUAAUGUGUUGGUCCCGUAACGCCAAGGACUUGAGCUGCAAGUGGAGCCCGGGGAGCCGGGGUGAGACCCACAUCCGAACCAAAUACACCCUCAAGUACAAAUUGAGGUGGUAUGGAAAAGAGAAGGAGUGUGAAAAUUACAGCACAGGGAGGCAGCAUAACUCCUGCUACAUCCCCCGCAACCUCGCCCUCUUCACCCCAUAUGAGAUCUGGGUGGAGGCAGCCAAUCAGCUGGGCUCUACCACCUCUGACAUCAUCACCCUGGACAUCCUAGAUGUAGUGACCACAGACCCUCCUGCCAACGUGCGGGCGAGUCGUGUCGGCGACCUCGAGGACCAGCUGACGGUCCGCUGGGCCACCCCCCCCGGGCUCAAGGACAUCCUGUUCCAGGCCAAAUAUCAGAUUCGCUACAGACUGGAAGACAGCACCGAAUGGAAGGUAGUGGAUGAUGUUGGUAAUCAAACGUCAUGUCGUCUGGCAGGCCUUCGUGCUGGGACUGUCUAUUUUAUGCAAGUGAGGUGCAACCCAGUAGGCAUCUAUGGCUCCAGGAAGGCCGGCAUCUGGAGUGACUGGAGCCACCCGACUGCCGCCUCCACACCUGGCAGUGAGCGGCUGCAGAGUGGCUCAUGUGAUCCUAAGCCUGGUGAGCCGAACUCCACCCUGCGGCGGGAACUCAAGCAGUUCUUCGGCUGGGUCCGCAAGCACACGUCCGGCUGCAGCGGCAUGUCAAUCAAACUGUACGAUCAGUGGAGGGUGUGGCUGCAGAAAUCGCACAAAACGCGCAACCAGGUAGGUAAGCAGAACCUGUCUCUCUUAUUUCAUUAUCUCUGCUGA